CUUUUCAUUCUUUUCAUUCACAUCGAUCUUACAUUGUGUUAUCUUAUGUCAAUCUACAACGAACAGUACAUGCGAGAAGCAUUGAAUGUAGCUCAGGAAGCCUAUGAUCAGAAGGAAGUGCCUGUAGGUUGUGUAUUUGUCAAGGAUAACAAGGAUAUUAUUGCUCGUGGAAGAAAUAAACCCAAUGAAACUUGUAAUGCGACACGACAUGCAGAAAUAGAAGCCAUUGAUUAUAUAUUAGCUCAUCACGAUAAAUCUGUCUUUGCAACAACAGAUCUUUAUGUCACAGUGGAACCUUGUAUCAUGUGUGCAUCUGCAUUGCGACAAAUGGGAAUUCGACAAGUAUAUUUUGGAUGUGGUAAUGACAAGUUUGGUGGCAAUGGUUCUGUCUUCAAUAUUCAUUCAGAUUCAAGGUUAUUGACGAAUGAAUCAAGUUCAUAUCCAUCUCAAGGCGGGUUCCUAUAUGAAGAGGCUGUUUUAUUACUUCGCAAAUUUUAUGUACGAGAAAACACAAAUGCUCCUGUUCCCAAGAAAAAGGCUAAUCGAAUCUUGAAGACGGAUGUACCUAUGAUAUCUCCCCAUCUCUCGAAUAUAUCUACCCCCACUAUUUCACAACCUUCAUCAUCAUCAUCAUCAUCAUCAUCAACAUAGUAUUAUAGACUUCUUGUACACUUUAUUCAUUAAAUCAUCUUAG